UACCCAUUGUCGCGUGGCCCUGGGGCCCGCGCUGCGUUCGCUGCCCAGCCGGCAGGGGCGGCCAUGUCUGGGUGGGCCUGUGCGGCUCGCCGGGCGGGGCCAGUUCUGGGAAGGGGGGCGCGGGCGCGGCGGCGGGGCGGGGGCGUGGCCUGCGGAGCCCGGCCCUGUCCCGCUCAGACAAUGCCCUGGAGCCGCCCGGCGCCGAGCCCCUGCCCCGCCGCCGCGACCGCCCCGGCCUAGCCGGGGGCUCCCUCCGCACAGCUAGAGCUCCAGCCCCCCAGGCUUGUCUCCGCCAACUCUGUCCCCACGGGGCUUGGGGCCCCGGCCCAGAUCCCGGAGCGGCGGGAGUAGGGGUGGGCGUCGGAGACGGCUGACGUGAGAAGAGGAAAGGGAGAAGUCGGGCUGCCGGAGGGGCGGCGUGUGGAUGGGAUGGGGACUCCGGGGGAGGGGCUGGGCCGCUGCUCCCACGCCCUGAUCCGCGGGGUCCCGGAGAGCCUGGCGUCAGGGGAGGGUGCGGGGGCCGGCCUCCCCGCCCUGGACCUGGCCAAAGCUCAGCGGGAGCACGGGGUGCUGGGCGGCAAGUUGAGGCAGCGGCUGGGGCUUCAGCUGCUGGAACUGCCUCCCGAAGAGUCGCUGCCGCUGGGACCGCUGCUUGGCGACACCGCCGUGAUCCAGGGGGACACGGCCCUGAUCGCGCGGCCCUGGAGCCCGGCCCGCAGGCCCGAGGUGACGCCGGGGGCGCGGGGAGGGGCACCCCAGGCUUCAGGGAAGAGCUGGGCGGGAAUGUCUCAGUCCUCCUCCCUCCCUCAGGUGGAUGGAGUCCGCCAAGCCCUCCAGGACCUGGGGCUCCGGAUUGUGGAGAUGGGGGACGAGAACGCGACGCUGGAUGGCACCGAUGUCCUCUUCACCGGCCGCGAGUUCUUCGUGGGCCUCUCCAAGUGGACCAACCACCGAGGAGCCGAGAUCGUGGCCGACACGUUCCGGGACUUCGCCGUCUCCACAGUGCCCGUCUCCGGCCCCUGCCACCUGCGCAGCCUCUGCGGCAUGGGGGGACCCCGCACCGUGGUGGCGGGGAGCAGCGACGCCGCCCAAAAGGCGGUCCGGGCCAUGGCGGCGCUGACGGACCACCCCUACGCCUCCCUGACCCUCCCCGAUGACGCAGCCGCUGACUGUCUCUUCCUGCGCCCGGGGCUGCCGGGGGCGCCCCCUUUCCUGCUGCACCGCGGAGGGGGGGACCUGCCCAACAGCCAGGAGGCACUGCAGAAGCUCUCCGAUGUCACCCUGGUCCCUGUGUCCUGCUCUGAACUGGAGAAGGCAGGUGCUGGGCUCAGCUCCCUCUGCCUGGUACUCAGCACACGCCCCCACAGUUGAGGGCCUGGCCUUGGGGUCUGGGUUGGUCAGGGCCAGGGCAGUACAGGGCGCAGAAGGGGAAGGAGGGUUAGAGAAAGGAUGGUGAAUAGUGGGAACAGGGUCCCAAGGUAGGGAGAGGGCAUAGUGUGGGAAGAAGGAUAGAGACCAUGGGGUGAGUCUUCUCUCCCAAAAUAAUAAAACAGAACUGACCUUUCA